AUGAACACCCUCAGCCUUCUCCUUCUCCUCCUCUUCAACCUCAACUUCGCAAACGCCGACGACCUCCUCUCUCCAAACCACUUCAGCACAACCAUCCACAAACGCACCCUCCAAUCAUGCGAGGAAAGCCAUGGCUCCGGAUUCCAGCAAUGCGGUCCCGCUGAAAGCGGCUAUUGCUACAAUCCCACCCAAGGACAGUCCGAAUCCCUCCAAGAUUGCGCCACGGCAGCAGGCUUCGACAUCCCCGCCUCUGCUUCCGCCUCUACGUCCAACAGCAACGGGAGCUUCUCCGCCUCCACCUUCGGUCGCCACCACAAGAACAAGAACAGCACAACCACCGUCAGACCCAGCGGCACCGGCGCGACGGGAAUCGCGAGGCCCACAGGCACGGGAAGCGUUGGCCGCGGGGGCAACUCCACGAUAGUUCCGCCCGUCGUGUCUUUUGCGGGGGCCGAGACUGGGGGUGUUGCGCUUAGUCUUGCGGUGGCUGUGGUUGUGGCGGUCUUUCUGGUAUGA